AUGUUCCCCUCUAGGUGUUCGUCUGCAUUCUUUUCGGAGGAGCGGACUGCACUGAGACAGAAGAGGCAGAAGAUGCGUCUGCUACAGCAGAGGAAGCUUGCUGACGUGUCACACUGCAAAGACCUCCCCGAUGAGAUUCCCCUGCCGCUUGUCAUAGGAACCAAAGUCACCGGUACAACACUUGUUUUUAUGGCAACCAAAGUGACUUAUUUUAUAUCAGCAGCCUUUACCCUAAAAGUAGCUAUCAUAGUCACUGGUAAAAUAUCUGCAAAUCUGUAGUCAUAGCAACCAAAGUCACCUGCUCCAGAUUAGAUUUACUCGUUUUUGUAUGUGCAGCCAGCUUUGAGUAUUGAUGAUGUCUGUGUGUAUUCCAGCUCGUCUCAGGGGAGGCCAUGACGGCCUGUUCACUGGGCAGAUUGAUGCUGUGGAUACCGGCGCUGCCACCUACCGUGUGACCUUUGACCGGAAUGGGCUGGGCACACACACUGUGCCUGACUACGAAGUGCUGGUACGCCUGCCUGGCCUUCCUAACACUCAUUCAUUAUUGAUAUGUUAGAACUGGGAUUCUAACCACAUCAGACAUCACAUACACAAACACAUAAGUCUUUGUCCAUCACUAGCAGUGCUGUUUCCUUUUCUUCCUCGAUUACUCUCAUAUGCUUUGGGAAAAUCAGCAGCAAGGUAGGGAGCAUGUACAAGAUAUUGCCAAUACCAUGGUGAUUUAUUGCAUUACCAGCUAGAGUUUAUUAAAAAUAUCUGGUGUUUUUUCCCUCUCCAGAGUAAAGAGCCUAACGAGACCAUGCCCAUCUCGGCCUUCGCCCAGAAACAGAGACCCUCCCGCUUCCAGAACUUCAUGACCCCACCUAGGGGGACUUACCCCUCCGCCACCACACCCGUCCUCAUGGUAAGCAAGGAAACAAGGGUUUCAGUGCACAUUAUAGUUGUCUUUCCAGUUGUAUUUUUGAUCGUGUGAGAUCACGUUGAACGCUUCAUGUACUUUAUUGCUAUAAGAUGAUUUUGACUGACCCUUAAAUUGAAUAUUGUUUUGUUUAUUUGGAAUUGACACAUCUAUUCCUGUGAUAGGACAAUGACCCCCUCAUCAGCCAGUCUCCAUGGAAAAGCAAAUUCUUUGGAGUGGAAGAGGACACACUCGGUGGAUUCCCUGUGAAGUUCCUCGUUCAAGCGGUGAGUGUUCCUGUCUUUGCCUCUGGGAUCAUAUAUCAUAGUGUAAAUAUGUCCCACUAAAAAUCUCUCCCUCUCCUCUAUCUCCUAGACAAGGCUCUCCAAGAUCCUUAUGAUCAAGAGGGAACACAUCAAGCACUUGAAAGAAAUGAACGCAGAGGCUGAAAAACUGGUAUGGCCAUAGAUCAUUCUAUGACAGUAUUAUAACAGAACAUUUUCAUAACAGUAUAUUCAGUGAAAGAAAUUGGAAAUACGUGACAAAAAGUAAAUGUAUACCACUUAACAUUGUGUUGUUUUCUUUGUAGAAGUCAUACUCAAUGCCUAUAGGCCUGGAGUUCCAGAAGCGUUAUGCCACCACAGUACUGAAGCUGGAGCAACUCAAUAAGGACCUAAACAAGGUGCUGCACGAGGUCCAGCAGUUCUGCUGCGAGGUGAGGACAUCUUUGAUAGUUAUGCAGCUAGAUGUGUAACAUGUAGCCAUGCCUCUUAUGAGUGUACUUAGCGAGAAGACAUACUGAAGAUGAGCAAAACGUCAGCAAUAGUCGUUUUAGAUUGUCAUCAGCGAAGGGCAUCUUAACAUUUUUGUUUCCAAAGCUUAUAUGAACUCCUUUCUCUUCGGCUGCUCCCAGAACAGUUUUGCAACAAUAUGAAUCUAAGUAUGCAUGUCCCUGUGCCCUCUCCAGCUGGCCCCAGAUCAGGGCAUGGCACUUGCGGACCAGCCCACAGAGCUGCGUCAGCGCUGUGAGGAAGAGGCCAAGGAGAUGGUGCAGCAGACCAACUCCCUCUACGACGACCAGCAGUGUCUCUCUAACCCAAGCCUCAAACACCUCAUCUCAGGUCUCACCGCCUUGUUGCUUCAGAUCAAGGUUAGUAUAAAGGCACACACACACAGCCUCACAUCCCUAGUCAAGUUAUUUGUUUGCCUGAUCAUGUAUUUGUUUGUGCUCCAGUGUCUGGCUGAGGGAGGAGACCUGAACUCCUUCGAAUUUAAAUCGCUUACGGACUCUCUGAAUGACAUUAAGAGCUCAAUAGACCCCUCCAACCUCAGGUGAGUGCCUCUACAUUUCACAUCCAUUCUCUGCCCCAAUGUUUCGUCUUAUUUAGAGUUAUGCAGGGAGAUGGAUGGCGGUGAUAGAAGACUUCAGAGAAAGGGCUAUAAAUAUGGCCAAGGUGGCAGGUGCAUGUUCACAUGGUCUAAAUUUGUGUGUCUUGUCUGUGCAGUUGCUUCCAGAACAACGUAGAGAUCCACGUAGCACACAUCCAGAGUGGCCUGAGUCAGCUGGGAAACCUCCAUGCCUUUGCCGCCAACAACACCAACAUGGUCUGA